CAUGAAGUUGUAUUUUCAAGCAAUGGAUUGAUGCAAUGUCAAGAUUACUCUUGCGCUAUUUUUCUAUGAUCUUGCUAUUUUUUUUGCUUUUGUGGUUUAUGUUCCCACAUGCCCAUCUAUCAUUUAUGAUUAAUUCCAGUCUGUACCGGUUCUUGCCUCUUGUUAGUAUUUUUGGCAUGCAAUUUGAUAUGCCUGUGUUGACUAGAGGAAAGACUAUGCCUUAGGUUUACCAUUAUGGAUAUUUCCAUAUGUUAACUUUUAAUUCAUUAGCAUAUUGUCUUUUUUUAAUUCAUUGCAACCCCCUUUUUUUGUUCAUGAUAGCCAUCUGAUGCUUUUGGUUUAUGGACAAAACAUGCAUGUGUACAAAGUGGUGAAUUGCAUUUCACGGGGCAAGAUAACCAAGAGUAAAAGAACACAUGGUAUUCUCUAACACAAGAAAAUGAUAAAUUUGGUCUAUUGGUGCAGAUCAAGAACAAAAAACUUAUUUGAAAGAUGUUUACCCUGCCAGUGAGUGGGUUGUGUUUGUCAUCAUAUACUACACAUCACUUGUCAGUUUUGCUUAGAGAUCUCAUAUUCAGAGUCUGCAGUAUUUUGAGGAGCUUAAGAGAAAAACUAACCAAUACUUGAUCUUUUUUUUGCAAGGAACCAUCACAUGAUCUCAUGGCAAUAGAUGUUUAUAUAUUUUUGCUCCCCGAUGCACUGAUAUUUUCAGAAUAUAUUCAUGCCUGAAUAAUGCAGUUGGAAGUGAUAUAUGUGUUCACUAGAAUGGACUUUCUUACUUGACAAAACAUAUCAGGAGACUUGAAAAAUGAUGCCUUGAAGCAAAGGGUGAAGAGUAUAGCUCAGGAGCGAGUAAUUCAACAUGAUAUUCAGUUUCUUAAUGAACAAAGCCCAAAAGCGGCGCCACCGCUUCCAACCCUAAGCGGCACAACCACUACCCAAUAAAUAACCUAACCUAGCUAUUCAUUAUUGCACCCAUCCGCAUUUCUACACACUUCUGACCAGAGCCCUCUAGGGUUUUCAUCCACCACCAUGCGCGGCUGCGAGCGAUGCAGGCUCUACAAGAAGAAUCUCGCCAAGGUGCACAACUACAGAAAGAUGACUGCGUCGCCAGCGCUCCGCGGCAACCAGAUCCGCAAGAAACACACCCAUCACCGGAAGGAGGACGCUCCGACAACUCGAGUCGCGCUACACGGCGCCGCAAUUCAUCAGAGCCAGCCGUCUCUUCUUCCCCAUCCACCCGCACCCAGGAGGCAAGCUCGCCGCCAUGGCCGCCGGCAAAUCGAUGCGCCUCAUCUGAUUCGUAUGUGGAUCGCCGGCGCGGGAUGCACCCUUCUCCAUGGCCGCUCGCAGCCACGGGCGCACUCGUCGCCUUGUCUGCCUCCGCCAGCAGUUGGAUGCAUGCCCUCUCCAUGGCCGCCGCAGCCAGGGUGCGCCCAUCGCCAUGGCCAAGCUGCAACCUACCACGGUGGCGGCGAGUUCGUGCUGGAACCAGCUGGUGUAUAUGCUACAAGGUCGAUGCCUCGCCGGAGGAAGCUUCAUCCAGCGGUGAAGAUUGCUGCAUCCAAUGCCGUUUGAUGUCGGGAGCUGCAACCGUGCACGUCGGAGCUGCAACCGGCUACUGGGGGAGCUGCAAGAGGGGUGGCCAUUUGUGCGAAUGCGUUUUCUUUUUGCCGAACCAAUUUUUUGUUUUUGCUGGAACGAUGUAUUUUUUUUGCUGGAACCAAGAUAAUUUUGUGCUUCAACGAUUGCAGAGCUCUCAAAUGCUCAUGUCGUUUUUGUUCGAAGCUUUUUUAUUUUGCUUCAACCUACCACCAGACUUUGAUCCGUGGCAAAGAUUUUUGCUGCUUCUGAGUUUUUUUGCUAGGCACUCUGACCCGUGGCGAGCCGCUUCAAUUUUUGUUUCCACCUUGUUCUGUUUUUGUUGGAUCUAGCUAUAUUUUUUGCUUCCACCAUGACGAGGACCAGCAGCGACACAGCGACCGGCGGCCGGCGGCAACGACGGUGACCGGUGACCGCCGGGGAGGGCAGCGCCAGACGAGUGUGUCAAGCGGUGCUUCGAGGCCGGGCGCAUAGCUCAUCCAUGGCGGCGCGAUGGAAGUUUUUUCUAAAAGACGUCCGACGAAAGAAGAGAUAAUCGUACGGCUAAGAGUUAUUUUACCGGACGAUGCUGGUAGGACCAGCCCAAAGUUGGGCCGGUGCGCCGGCGCAUAGGAGUGCCCUAUAUGGAAUCAUUAUUAUAGCCCUAUAAUUUCCUUUUUGCACCUACCUAUAAGAAGAAGAUGGCCUGAGGUGAU